AUGAGUGCCGAGGGCCUUCCCCCAGGGUCUCCGCCACCACCAGCGGCCGAUACCUCCCAAACUGAGGUUCCAAAAACUAAUGAAGGCCAAUUAAAUCAUACUACCCCGAAAGACGAAACAGAUCAGACGAUUCUGACGGGUACAGCCGCUAAUGCUGCCACCGCCUCACCAGAACCAGAGAUCAAGCCACGGGAGUCUCCUGAGCCUGAAGCCAAAUCUGAAGCAUCACCAGAGCCAGAAGCUAAACCGAAGAAGCGGCUCACGUUACAGGAACGGCUAGCACUUGCCGCUAAGACCAGGGCUAAGGCAAAGACAGACGGUAAGGAUUCUUCAGCCAAUAAAGAAGCCAAGGAGGUUAGGGAGACUGAUGCGCUGCCACUGCCGUCGCCACUGCCGUCGCCUGCACCCACCACACUGGUACCUACCCUCCCCAACUCUCAAUUAAUGGCUCAAUUGGCAGAGGCGAAAAAGCGGAUUGCCGAGCUCGAAUCGGCAUCACAAUCGUCUAAACAAUGGGAGGCGAAAUUGAAGGCUAAGGACGAACAGAUCGAUGCGCUUAUGGCCGAGGGACAAGCGUUAUCGAAGAAGGAAUUGAAACUUAACGAAACUAUAAAAAAGCUUCGAGUUGAGGCACGUGACCAUAACCAAAUAGUCGAGGAUCUUCAGGCGAAACUGGACGACGCUUUGACGCAAUUGGCAGCAUUGGAAGACGUGUUGAAAGUCCACAAAUUUACUAGCAUCGACGACCUCAUCUCCGCCUACACUCAGCAACUGGUGACGGUAGCUGAGCUCACUGCCACCACUGAUAAUGCGUCCCAAUGGCAGACUAAACACCGCGAACUUCAAGCCGUUUACGACGAAGAGACUGCUGCUCACCGCCAAAAGGCAGCGGCGCUUGAAAACGCUCGUUUAGACGCCGAUAUGGCUCGCCAACAACACCAAAGCGAGCUCAAACAGCGUGAUUAUCGCAUUGCUGAAUUGCAACAACAAGUAGAGCUGGCUAAGCGUGAACAGCAGGUGGAAAUCAGUCGCCUCGAACUGAAGAUCGAGGCGUUACGUCUGGCUAGCGAACAGAGUGAUCCCGUGGUUGCAGAGAACGCCAAGCUCGCAUCGUUACAAGCACAAUACGACGCCGCUCAGGAGAACUGGAAGCUUUUAGAACUGAGGCUUUUGGCGAAGAUUGAUCAUAUCACUCAAGAGCAUGACGCUUUAGUGAAAUCUAAAGCUAAAGUGGUAGCCGAACUUAAGCACGCUAAUGUAUCAAUUGCUGAAUCAGCUGAACGUCAACGUGAAGCGGAAUCUCAAGUGCACCUGCUACAACGUCAAGUUAGUCAGCUUGAAUCAAAACUUAAUGAUCGCAACGAGGAAGUGGCUGAGACGAAACGUAAAUUGGAACGUGUGCAACAGCUCCACGCUCAAGAUCGUAAGGAGUUGGCACUGAAACUCGAACAGGCUGAAGAGAAAACGAAGCAUGCCGUCGCUGCUGCUGCCACUGCCACUUCGGGAGCCCCUAAUGCAUUCACUCACCAGCCAUCAAUUGAAGAUAGCUUUGCGCCCAUGCCCUCUCUCGAUGGGGUCGAUGCUAUGCCUCCGCCUGAGUCUCCGGAGAUCGGGAGACUGGUCCCCAUCACUCCUGACGACGAGUUUGACCUGUUUUCUCGCCGGUCGCUGGUGCCGAUGGCCGAAGACGAGCACGUUCCUCGUGGUGGCCACGCCCAUAUUCAAAUGAUUAAUAAAAUGGCGCUGCUGAUUCGUCAAUUGGAGGUGGAAUUAGCCACUUUAAAAGAUGAUAACGCUCGUCUUGCACAAGAGAAGGACGCAGUGCUGCUUCAACUCCUUGACCUGCUUAAACAGAACCAAUCAGAAGAAAACCCAACUAAUCGCAUUGCCGCUUUGGAAGAUGAAGUGGCCAAGAUGAAGUCGAAGGAGUUGACGCUAUUGGAAGUGCUUGGAGAGAAGACGGAACAAGUGGAAGAGCUUCGCGCCGACAUCGUCGACCUCAAGGAGUUGUGCAAGUUGCAAGUGCAACAAAUGAUCGAAUUGCAAGAGAAGAAGUAA